AUGCCUGCCGCAGAUGGCCGUAUGUCUCGCUCUCUGGGCUCCCCAAUGGCCCGCUACUCCAAGCGCCCCCGGCGCUCCAACCUGCGCCUCUGUCUGCUUGCAUGCCUUGCGGCAUCGCUGGUCAUUUACUUCUUCUCUGCAUGGCUGGUGGCUUUCCUCCGCUCUCCUCUGAGGAGGACUCCCCCCCCAACGGAUUGCGCGCCAGAGAGGGAUGGCUUUUCUGUGGAGCAGGGGGCCGUAUGCAAUCGGGACUGCGCGGGGGUGUGCUUUCCGCGCGUCAGGGGGCUGUGCAUAAGCAGGGAGCGGGUGACGAUAUGUGGGGAGCAGCCGCCGAUAAGCGACUGGGUCGCGGCUGCCGGGGGCGUGAUGCCAAGUGAGAUGCUGUUCACACGGGAGCGGCCCAGGACCAAAGUGCCUGUGGUCAGGGGAGAGUGUCCCCCCAUGCAAGGGGAGGGAGCAAGCGCAUUGCAAAAGGGGGGCCAGUCUGAGCUGGCGCAAGGCGAGAGCAACGCACGCUGGAUCCGUGGGACGCAGUUCCUGACGGAUUUGAAACAGCUGCCGGUAGGGAAGGAGGGCGUGGGGCCAAACCCGCACCACGAGGCCGAAAAGGUCAUCCCUGCUGUCCUUUUGAACCAGCGGUACGGUCUCGGGAAUUCGACGCUGUACUGGUUUGCGGACCCAUCCACAAUCUCGGCCUUCACGCUGGGGCUGUUGGAAGCGUUCCCGGGGCUGGGGGUUGAGUACCUCAGGUUCCCAGAGGAGGGUGACCCCCCCAUUUGUUUUGAGGAUGCGGUCGUCUUCUCGGGGAUCACGAGCGCGCGCUACAUGCCGGGGAAGGCGGCGAAUGAUUGGCUGCGGGACGAGGUUUUGGGCCACUGCGGAAUCGAGGCGCGGCGCGCGAGCCGCCCCGUGCAGGACGUCGUUUUGCUGAGGAGAGAAAACUCGCGGUCAAUUGCCAACUACUUGUCGGUCGAGGUGAUGCUCGCGCGCUCGCUGCGUGCGCCGGUGCGCACGAUCAUCAGCGGGCAGGGCGACUUUUGCCAGCAGGUGCGGCCGGUGGCCGAGGCCGACUUUCUGAUCACGCCGCACGGGAGCCAGAACACGGGGUUCGUUUUCGCGCGGCCCGGCGCGGUGGUGCUCGAGGUGUUUCCGCUGUACUACUACAUUGACUUUUUCCGGAACUACAUUCACGCGGCGAGCUUGGAGCACUAUGAGAUGUGGGGCACGUGGGGGAGCGGGCGGCGCAUGCCGUGGCUAAUGCGGUUGUACGGGGUGCUGUUAGGGUGGGAGUAUUGCUAUGCGGUCACGCCGUGCAUGAACUACAGCAAGGGGCAGAGUGUGUAUGUGGACCUUGAGCAACUUGAGUGGCUGCUGAAAAGGCUGCCGCGGUCCUACAAGAACGGGUAUAACGUCACCUUGGACUGAUCGCAGAUUUUGGUCGGACCCAAAUGAACACGCAUUUUUGGCUUUAGCUAGCGAGAGUGUUGUCGGGUUUCAUUGUCUUAUCGUCUCUCCACUCUGCAAAUAAAACCAUCAAUCUGCCUGCCUGAUGUGUCGGCAUAAGAGGCCUAUUUCAAUGGGCCGUGAGAAGGAAGAAUGUGGGUUCCAUUGCAUCUUGAUGCAAGCAGUUCUUCGUCGA